UGUUGAUACGGAGCGAUGAAGAAGCGCUGGAGGACCAGAGUGUGAACUUCUCCAUCAGGACCGAAGGAGGUGGGACGGGGAGGAAGUUUUGAUGGACUUUUUAAAAACUUUUAUUCCAGGAGUGUCUCGUGUUUGCUGCUGCACGUAUCCGUGAAAGAGAAAGAUAAUACGGUCGUUUUUUUUUUACAUUUAUUUAAAGGAAAAUAAAUACACAAAAAUGAGCCCGGUUUUGUUUGUUUUGCUUCUGUGUCUGCGGACCGCGCAGCUGCGUCACCAUCAGGGAGCCGCUCCGGCGGUGAGUGCGGGGUCGCGGGAGCCCUUCUCCCCGGAGAGGACGCCUCUCCCCCGGCCUGAGGGUUCCAGAGCUCCCGACCCCAAGCGGGUCGCCCGAGGGGCCGGAGACGGGACCUCCCGGAGAAGAACCCCGGACUCUCCGCGACGGCCCGACGACCCGAGCGGCUACUUCACCACCCGGCGAGUCCCCCCCGCCGCCGCCGCCUCCGCCUCCGCCCGCCCGGGCAACGACUCGUCCCCCCCGGGGCUCCUCCACCCGGCGCUCCGCGGCUCGCGCUGGGCCUACGUCAUCACGCUGCUGGCGCUCGGGCUGCUGGCGGCGGGCGUCGUGGGGAACCUCGCGCUCACCUGCGCCGUGUGGCACGACCUGUACCUGCAGAGCGCGUGGAACCACGUGCUGGCCGGGCUCGCGCUCUGCGACCUCCUCGUGCUGCUCACCUGCCUGCCCGUGGUCGUCUUCCACGCGCUCACCUCCAGGUGGUUGCUAGGAGACCUGUCCUGUCGGCUCGUGCCCUACGUGGAGGUGACCUCUCUGGGCGUGGCCACGUUCAGCCUCUGCGCCCUGAGCAUCGACCGCUUCCACGCGGCCACGGGAGCCGCGCCCUCGCCGGCGCCCCGGGUGGAGCCCUGCCAGUCCAUCCUGUCCAAGCUGUCCGUCAUCUGGGUGGGCUCCAUGGUGCUGGCCGCCCCCGAGCUGCUGCUGUGGCAGCUGCGCCAGCAGGCCGUCGUCCCGCCGCCGCUCCCCGGCGACUCCCUGAUGGCCGCCCUCCGAGGCGGGUCGGACGCCUCCAAGGCGGACGUCUGCGUCCGGGAGCCGUCGGCGGACCUCCCGGAGGGCGUGUUCCCCCUGGUGCUGACCUACCACGAGGCGCGCGCCUGGUGGAUCUUCGGCUGCUACCUGUGUCUGCCGCUUCUCUUCACCGUGGCCUGCGACCUGGUGACCAGGCACGUGCUGGCCCAGCGCCUGCCGCGGAAGCACGCCGGCGACGAGGCGCCCGGCAGAUGCUCCGCCUCCUACUACUCCCCCUCCGCUUCGUCGCCAUCCCCGACGAAACAUCAGCUGGCGGGAGAGCGGAGACUGCGCACCACCGUGAUGGCGCUCGCCGCCCUGUACGGGGCGUGCAACCUCCCGGAGAGCGUCUGCAACAUCGUGCUGGCGUACGUCCCCGCCCACGCGUCCGCCGCCCUCCCGGCCUUGGCGCUGCCGGCCCUGAGCCUGGCGGGACAGUUCCUGCUGUUUGCGCGCUGCUCGGCGUCGCCGGUGCUGCUGCUGUGUCUGUGCCGCUCGCUGGGCCAGGCCUUCAUGGACUGCUGCUGCUGCUGCUGCUGCCAAGAGUGCGUCCAAGACGGCGCCCGCCCCUCCUCCUCGGCCUCCACCGCCGCCACCACCUCCAACGUGUCCUCGCCCGCGUCGCCGUCUCCGACCUCGCUGUCCCCGACCUCGCUGUCCCCCUCCGGCAAAGACGAGACGACGAAGAGCCUGCUGGCGGCGAAGGACUCUCCCGCCGCCGUCGGGACGCCCUGCUGAGGCCCUGGGCCGCACGGCUCAUCAUCAGUUGUAAUAAUGCAGUCACCAAGUUAACAGCAGAGAUCCGGUGACUUUCAUUCAGAAUGAACAUGCAGAGUCGGGGAAACGCCGGCAGUCUGGUCGAUGGGACGGAGUUUGUGGCGCCUUCGUCUCGCUCUGCUGUUCCUGGUUGGGUCGAGGCCUCCGGGUUCCUGAUGAGGGGGAAUAUUUACACCGACAUGUGACCGUCAGCAUCCGAGCAGAGCGGACGCUGUUGCAGCAGCAGAUCAGCGGAAUCCAACUAACUUCAUCCAAACCUCUUUAUAAAACUAGUUUCAUUAAAGGUAAAACUGCAUGUGAAUUCAUGAAGGCUCAACCUGUGCAGGAGGAUCACAUCACUUCCACGUGGAGUUUGUUCGCAUCUCCUCAGAUCUCUGCUGUUAACUCGACCGCGAUGACGUCAUAACUGAUAGAAAGCCCAGGUUGUAAUAGUGCACCGACCCUUUGGGGGAAGUCUGUGGAGCACAAACGUGCCUGAAUAGAGUUUAGAUACAUCAUUUUGUAUUGCGAGGGAGUGUAGGAUUUAAUCCUGUUAUUUAGUACUGAUUUGAUUUUUGUAUGAAACAUGUGAUAGUUACUAACAAUGAUCUGUUGCUCAAACAGCAUGAGACUAUGAGACAGAAACACUGUAUGAGUUGUUUGUUUCCUAAUAUGUUUCAACAGAGAAUGGACAUAAUUAGAUCUUUUUUUAGCCAGGAGACACUUUGCUGUGAACUUCAUGAACUGUUGUUUUGCUGUUGCCGUGGAGACGGCAGGUUAAAAGAAUGAGAUGACAUCAUUGCUCAGGUCAGUCAAGAUCUUGAAGCUGUGAGAAAAGUUUGACUUGUUUUAUCACCUUCUGGUUUAGUAAAGUUGAGAUGUUCCUCCUCUGCAUCACCUGUCA